AUGCUUAGAACUAUAGCUUCUGCUCAAAGAUCUGCAAUUCGUUCAUUUGCUACCUUCUCUUCACCAGAAUCGGUCUUGCCAAAGAAGUAUGGUGGAAGAUACACUGUUACUUUGAUUCCAGGUGAUGGUGCAGGUAAAGAAAUCACCGAUUCAGUUAAAACCAUUUUCAAAUCUCAAAAUGUUCCAAUUGAUUGGGAAGUUGUUGAAGUUAGUGGUGUUGCUGGCGAUUCAGGAAAGCACCAUGGUGUUGAUGAAGCCGUCGAGUCAUUAAAGAGAAACAAAGUUGGUUUGAAAGGUAUCUUGUACACUCCAUCCGACAAGUCAGGAAAGUCUCUUAAUGUUGCGUUGAGAAAAGAAUUGGACAUUUAUGCUUCAUUGGUCUUGAUCAAGAACAUUCCUGGUGUCAAGGGUAUUUACGAUGGUAUUGACUUUGCUUUAGUUAGAGAAAACACUGAAGGUGAGUACUCAGGUUUGGAACAUCAAUCGUACCCAGGUGUUGUUGAAUCCAUGAAGGUUAUUACUAGAUUCAAGUCUGAAAGAAUUGCCAAGUUUGCUUUUGAUUUCGCUGAAAAGAACAAUAGAAAAUUAGUUACUGCUAUCCACAAGGCAAACAUUAUGAAAUUGGGUGAUGGUUUAUUCAGGCAAACAGUUAAGGAUGUUGCUCAAGACUACUCCGGUAUUGCCGUUAAUGAUUUGAUUGUUGAUAACGCAUCUAUGCAAGCUGUUGCCAAGCCACAACAAUUUGACGUUUUGGUCACUCCAAACUUGUACGGUUCCAUCUUGUCCAACAUUGGUGCUGCUUUGAUUGGUGGCCCAGGUUUGGUUCCAGGUGCCAACUUUGGUAGAGAAUACGCUGUUUUCGAACCAGGUUGUCGUCACGUUGGUUUGGAUAUUGAAGGUAGAAACAGUGCCAACCCAACAGCAAUGAUUUUAUCUGCUACUAUGAUGUUGAGACAUUUGGGAUUGAAUGAACACGCCGAUAAGAUUGCUCAAGCUACUUACGAUGUUAUUGCUGAAGGUAAUGUCAGAACUAAGGAUAUUGGCGGAACUUCAUCAACUACAGAAUUUACUGACGCAAUUGUCAACAAAUUGGAUUAA